GAAACCCUAGCAAUGCCACGUACACACGUGAAUAUAUAUAGCGUGUCAGGUAAACUAGGAGGCACACAACCAGGGGACGGCCGCAGGAAGACGACACAAUACUCCCCAGUCGAAGAUGAAGUGGCUUGUUUUACUCGCGUUGCUGUUCUGGACGGCCGGGUUGUGCUCAGCCUCGGCGCCCUGCUGGCUGCAAGGUGCGGACGAGUCGGCCUGUGCGGGCAUGAUGCUGACACGGGGAGCUACAGCCGGCCCGCAGUCUACUCUGAGCCCGUACCGUGUAGCGGCGGACUACGACAAGGCGCACCACAGGUUCAACGUCCAUGUCGCAGGAGACGAGUUCCGGUCGGUCCUGCUGCAGGCCCGGCGACCCGGCAGUACCGAGCCGGUCGGCACCUUCCUUCCACCGUCAGAGCGUUCCGGCCUGAAGCGGAUCACGUGCAGUUCUCAGGGCGACAGCAUCACCAAUCGCAGGCCCUUAUUUACAAACGAGAUUAGGCUGACGUGGGAGAUUCCAGAAGGAGAGAGCAAGCUUGGUGAGAUCUACUUUGUGGCGACGGUUGUGCGGCGGUGCAACAGUUACUGGGUAAACGUGCAGUCUCAGUCGGUGGCAGAGCUGACCCGCGAUAUUUUCUGGCCUGGCACUGUGCCGGAAGGGUACCUCUGGUCGACUGCUACAGCGUCCUAUCAGAUUGAGGGCGCAUGGAACCAUGCCGGGAAAGGAGAGUCGAUGUGGGACCAUUAUGCACACAGUGUUGGGAGCUAUGAAGGGGACGAAGCCACCAAGAGCUAUGAAUAUUACUCCCGAGAUGUUGAAGAGAUUGAUGGGCUAGGUCUGAACUCCUACCGCUUCUCCAUCUCCUGGACCCGAAUCCUCCCAGACGGUACUGUGGCGGGCGGCAUCAACCAAGACGGCAUCGACUACUACAACAACCUCAUCAACGAACUUCUCAUCAACGGCAUGACGCCGUACGUUACCCUGUACCACUGGGACGGGCCGCAGGCACUAGAUGCAAAGUACGGGAGCUGGCUUAGUGACUCUAUUGUAAAGGACUUUAACGACUACGCCCGCGUGUGCUACCAAGCCUUCGGAGACCGUGUCAAGCAUUGGGUGACGUUCAACGAGCCAUGGUCCUUCGUCAUGGGAGGGUUUGGAAUCGCCGGGGCUCCCCCAGGAAUAUGGGAUUCGGAAAGGACUGAAAUGUACAAGGCAGCUCACAACGUCAUCCGCGCGCACGCUCGCGCCUGGCACACGUACGAUGAGGAGUUCCGGGCCGAGCAGCAGGGAAGCGUUGGUAUCGUCCUCGGGUCCCUGUGGAGCGAACCUAAGGACCCUAACAACCCACAGGAUGUCCUGGGCGCUCACCUCUACCAACAGUUUGUCUUGGGCUGGUACGCAAACCCGAUCUUCGGCAACGGCAACUACCCACAGGAGAUGAUAGACAUGAUUGCAGCUAGCAGUCAACAGGAGGGUCGGUCCGAGUCCCGCCUCCCUGUGUUCACGGAGGAGGAGAUUCUGUUCAACCGCGGCACGGCUGACUUCGUGGGGCUGAACCAGUACUCGGCUCGCCUCAUCUUCGCCACUGACCAGCCUACCGAAGUUGACGAAACUGGCUGGUUCAACUGGAUGUCCAUUAUGGUACCUGAUCUAAAAGGCUAUCAAGAGACAGUGGAUCCAAGCUGGCCGAAAGGUGAGAUGAUUUUCCUGCGCGUGGUACCCUGGUGUGUCCGCCGACAACUGGACUACUUCAAGCGCACGUACCAGUAUGAAGGUGCGUACUACCUGACGGAGACAGGCAUCUCGGAGGCAACGUUCGACCCACCAAAGCUUGACGACGUCUGGAGGCAGUGCUACUACAUGCUGUACACAAACGAAGUGGUGAAAGCGAUUGAACUUGAUGGGGUAGACCAUCGGGGGUUCUUCGCAUGGACGCUGAUGGACAAUGUGGAGUGGGCUUCUGGUAUCCAUGAGCACUUUGGACUCUACUACACCGACUUCACCGAUCCUGCACGCACUCGGACUCCGAAGGGCUCCGUAGCUACGUAUCGGGAGAUCACAACGAACAAUGGCUUCCCCCACGGCGCCGCUCACACCAUGACCGCUCAGGACCUGUGGGACUGGUGCCACACCCAGGAGCCUUACACGGAGGCGGUGUCUCAGGAGGCCGCCCACAGAACCACGGCUGACCCAACAGUGGACGACUUCCUCCCAGGUGUCCGUGUGGGAGCUGCAUUUCGUGAUAAGGUCGUUAAAAACAACAACAACAACAACAACAACGUGUGAGCAGCAAACCACAGACCAACCCAGGACGGCCACCAUUCCGAGUACUCCUGUGAAACGACAUGAAUUGCGGGUAGCAUGUCAUGUACAUGUGUGUAUGUCAUAGAUGGCGGCCACUGAGACAUAAACAAAUCACAUCUGGACAUUGUUAUGCAAAUCGAAACAAUGGUCGUUCAAAAGAAGUGUUUACAAGUCAGAGGCCAUCACCUUUGCCAUAUUAUUCACAAUUCCUGUCGCCACGCAUGUGUAUUCGGAAUGUGAACGAGCUUGACCUUCCUUCCUGAUCAAGCAACAUAAUUCCGUUGUGUGCUACUGUUUGCUUCCGCAUCUCCGUGCUUCUUCACCAUACUAUCAUCAAACGAUGAAUCAUAGAUAUUUGAUAGUGUGAUAUUGGAUGUCGCAGUCUUCAUCAAUAUCAACAACAUGGAGGAAAAUCGUUUCAUCAUGAGCAAUGUAACGUCCAGGAGAUCUUAAGAAACAGUGAUCGUAUUUAAUUAAAUACCUCUAACAAUUCGUCUUAUACGUUAGCCCUGUUCCUCCUGAUUUACACGUUGUCUAUCCGUUCCUUUCCACCAUGAGGGAUGGCUGGGAAUAUCAAUAGGGUAAUUUGGGCUAAAAGUUAUGAAACGCUGAGAUUUACGACAGGCGUAUAUCAUCAAGGCCUGGACAAAGAUGUACCUCGUGUAAAUUGCACUGUACCGAACUAAUGAUCCAGGUACAAGCCAGUAGUUUGUAACUAUGGCCAUAACCCAAUUCUCAGAUACUGACCCUUGGUGUGACUGUCGAGGCUAACCUAGCCUCAGCUUUGCAUGUAAAGAGAAAUAAACAAAUAAAACUACAAA